ACACGAAUGUUUCAUCGGGCAAUGAACUAAAAGAUUCUGACACAUCAAUUGAAAAUUUUUCUUACGUGUUUUCCUCGUGAAAAAUUGCCUUUUCCUCCUACUUAUUGACCAAAAUUCAACCAAAAGGACAUCAGAAUGUCCUCAAAGAGUGCCAGUAAAAAGUUCAAGUGGUCCCUUGACUACACAUCGAGAUCCGUGGCAAGGAAUGCGGAUAUUGCUUCGCCACCGGGGUACAAUCCAACAGUGGGGCAGAGUCACAGCGAAGUGGCCAAGGAUACGGAUCAGAAUCAUUUAAUUAUGAAGAAAUCAUGGGAUAUUGCAUUGGGGCCCAUUAAGCAGGUCCCUAUGAAUCUGCUGAUUAUGUACAUGUCGGGAAAUUCAAUUUCCAUCUUCCCCAUCAUGAUGGUGGGUAUGAUGCUCAUACGACCCAUUAAGGCGCUCUUCUCCACGGGGGCUACAUUCAAAGUGAUUGAGGGAACGGCUGUGGCAGGUCAGAAGUUUGUCUUUCUCCUCGGGAAUCUCGUCAAUAUGGGUUUAGCAUUGUACAAAUGUCACAGUAUGGGUCUCUUGCCCACUCAUGCAUCCGACUGGCUGGCCUUUGUGGAGCCCCAGUCACGUCUCGAAUUUUCCGGAGGUGGAUUGUCGUUCCAGUAAUGCGACAAUUUAAUUUUAAAAAUUAAACAAACAAAAAAACUUCUACUAGGCAAAAAUUUAUCCACAGAGUAUAAUAUUCGGUACAAUUUCUCCCCUCAAAUGUAAAGCAUUGUGAAGAAAAAAAAAGAAAAUAAACGAUGGGAUUUCCGUGAAGAAAGAG